AUGCGCUGCUCCCUCCUCCUCCUUCUUGGCCUUGCCGCUGUCCCGGCCCUUGGAGGCUGUCCCUUCGCACACACUGCGAAUAUGGACGUUGAUGACAUGGUGAAGGCACACGCUCGCAUGUCCCGAGGGUUGGUGGCAUCCAAGAGCAGCCCCUCAACUGCUCCUACCUCCUCUACUACCCCUACCGUCGGCAAGAAGGGCGUGUUCAUGAUGAACCGCAUUGCGCCUGGCACCUCUGAACUUUACAUUGCCAACACAGACGGCAGCAAUGAGCGUCCACUCCUCUCUGACCUCGUCUUCGAGUACCACGCCUCCUUCUCUCCAGACGGAGAUUGGAUUACUUUCACCAGCGAGCGCAACGGCGACGGUAACUCUGACAUCUACCGGGUGCGGACCAAUGGCUCUGAUCUGCAGGAGCUGGUCGCCACCCCAGCAGUGGAAGACUCCGUCGUGAUCUCUCCCAACGGCCGUCUGGCAGCCUACGUCUCCACCGCCAACAACAUGAAGGCAAACAUCUGGGUCCUCGACCUGCAGACCGGCGCGCAGUGGAACCUCACCAACACUCCCAGCACUGCCGCCAACUCCUCCCUCAUGGAGAGCUAUCUCCGCCCUGCCUGGUCCCCCGAUGGCGAAUGGAUCGCCUUCUCUUCGGACCGCAACACCCAAUGGGACGGACACGGCGAGCCGACCUUCCUCGGCCGCACAGGCUGGGAGACGACACAAGAGCUCUCCCUUUACGCCAUCCGUCCCAACGGCUCCGACUUCCGCCAGAUCAUCUCCAAGCCAUACUACUCGCUGGGAUCUCCCAAGUGGUCCGCCGACGGUAAACGCAUCGUCUACUACGAAAUGACCCGGGAAGAUACCUACAACGCCCACCGUCCGGAAACACGGCCAACUCAACCAUCAUUCGCCGGCUCGGGCGUCAAGCAAUUCCCGCAGUACCUAGAUAGGAACGGCACCAUCGCCUACACCCUCAAGGGCGGCACCAGCGAGGGCUUCUACACCACCGCAGGACUGUACGUCAACACGACCUCAGCGACCCUCCGGUCCCCGGCGUGGUCUCCCGACGGCAAACAAGUAGUCUACGAAAAGACCACCUGGAGCAUCCGCGCGGGAUACAAGAAGCUGUACAGCUGGGACAGCGACUGGGACUACCGGUUCACGGACGUCUUCCCUCAGAUCUCGCACCAGGAGCGCAUCGCUAUCACCCAGAAGCAGCUGGGAACCUCGUCCAUCGUGACGCUGAACACGACCGGCGCUGACCUGCAACUUGUCUACGACCCCAGCACGGCAGACUUCGUCAGCGACAACGAAACAACAGGUCUGAGCGCCUACCAGCCCAGCUGGUCCCCAUGCGGCGAGUGGCUCGUCUUCGGCGUGGGAUUCUGGUUCGAGACCCGAAAAGCCUCCGGCGGAUGGAUCGUGCGUGCUACCGCCAACGGGAGCUACUCGGAGGUACUCGUGAAUAGCAGCUACUCCAUCACCGAGGACGGGGCCCUGAACAAUGGAUUCCCGAGCUUCUCACCGGACGGCAAGAAAGUAGUGUAUCGGGUAUGGGGAGCCGACACCGCGACAUACGGUAACGCCAGCGAGAUCGGGUUGCGGGUGCUGAACCUCGAGACACGCAACACAACUGUGCUGACGACUGAAUGGGAUAAUCUACCCCAGUUCUCCCCGGAUGGAGAGCUCAUCCUGUUCACGCGCAAGACCAGCACGUACAACUAUGAUGUGUGCACCAUUCGACCGGACGGGACGGUUCUACGCGUGUUGACGAGUAGUGGUGCUAACGAUGCACAUGCGGUGUGGUCGCAGGAUGGGCGGAUUAUGUGGUCGACGGGAAUGUAUGGGUUCCGGUUUGAGUGUGCCUUGUAUGAUGAUACGUUUCAGCCGUAUGGGCAGAUCAUGAUUAUGGAUAAGGAUGGGGGGAAUAAGAAGUUGAUGACGAAUUCGAUGUGGGAGGAUUCGAUGCCGUUGUUUUUGCCGAGUGAUGUGCUUUAA